AUGACGUAUGUAGUGGGAGGCUGUUUCCGUCGAGUGAUGUAGUGUGUACGUCGUGUAUCGUGAUGCAGAUUAUCAGAGGCGAUUUAGUUAUUUGAAUAAUUUUUUUAGUGCAUCUUUGGAGUCUUUAAGUAUCGCACGAGUGUAAAAUUACUUUCCAUGACGUGUUUGGAGUAUGGGUGUGUGUUUCAGUUGUUGCCUGGGUGACGACCACAGGAAGUACAAGAGAACCAGGGUUUUUAGCACUGAAAGUCUUAUUGAGACAGAGACUCAACCAAAAAGAAUCGUAAUCAAUGGGAAGCAAUGGAAAUGGAAAGACCAGCAGUAAUAGAAACUCAAGCAGAAGCACUAAGAGUUGCCCAAUCAGCACAAGCAAAUGAAAACACAAAUUCUGCUAAAUUAGUUUUUUGGAAUAAUCAUCUUUACUGGUUGAAAGAUGCAGAAGAUUGGAGAAAUAGAAGUCAAUUUAGUUCUCAUGGAGAAGCAUCUCAAAUGGAAGCAGCAGUACCACUUCUCACAUGUGAUAGUUCUGUAGGAGAUAGUAGUAGUAUUACUGGAAGUCAAAAGUGGGAAAAACUUCCUGCUGGAAAUGGAACACCUGGUUCUUCUCUUGAUUUGGAAUGGGAAAAUGAAGCUGGACUUACACCACCACCUCAUUAUCUUAUUCCCACAACUGAUGAUCUCACUUGGUUUGUAUUGAGUGAAAAUAGUAGUAAUCAUUCUCAUCCAUCUACUCCAGUCUCUAAUGGAAAUGAUUUAGAAUGGGAUUUUACAAGUGUUCAAGUAACUGAAGACAGUAAAGAACAAGUAAUAAAUACAGAUUUUAUAGAAAAUGGUAAUAGCAUAGAAAGAUGAUCUUACAGUUCACGACCCCUUUUACUCUCUACUCGUCUACAAAAACUAUCUGUAGAUAUUGAGACUGUUGCAACAGUACGACCAAGAAAUUUGAUUGGCCGACCAAGCUUUUCUGUGAAUUUUUUUGUUUUUGGAUUUUUAUAGUGAUAAACGUUUUCGGAAUAACAAAUUAAACAUCUUUAUGACAGAAUGCUGCUGUUUUCGAUGUGGUCGUCGCGAUCCAGGCGAACCGAAUCAACAAAGUCUUUCAGUAAUCAGGGUAAUGGGCCUUAACCCAAAGGAAAUGCAACCGAUAUGUGGUAAUGUAAUCUUCCAGCAAAAUCAAACAAAGAAAUAUUUACUACAUUUUUCAAAUGUAAAACAAAAAAAAAUUAAAAAUUUGAUGCCUAACAAUUGUAUCAUAAAAACCAAAAUAUGUAAAUUGACGGAAAAAACAUUUUAAUUAAGAUUAAUUAACCAAUAUGGUUGACGAUAUCGUUUAGUUUUGUAUUUUAACUUCACUGUUAAAUGGAAUAAUUGCCUUCUUUGUUGAUUGUAGUGAUCCUAUGUAGUCCUUUAAAUCAGUUAUUACAAAAUCAUUUUAAUAGUAAAACUUCUAUGUCAAAAUUACAAUAUCUAUAUAUACAUUCAUAUAGGUAAAUAUAAUGAUUUUGUUGUGUAUGUGUGUUUCUCUGUAAUUUAAUUUA